AUGGCAUCUAGCUGCUAUAGCAGCAAGCAGACGAAUUUCACAAAGUGCGAGUUUCUUCUUCGACUGCAGUUGCUUUUCUGCAAGCUUCACUGUCGCGGUGUCGCGGGGUCAGGAGACAGCACAAAAGAUUACGGACAGUGUGCUGUAGAAAAACUGAUGAAAGAGAUGGAGAUUCACGAUCCUGUCAUGAUCUUCGCCGGCUAUCCUAGAGAGAUGAAACAAUUUUUUGAUUCCAAUGCAGGUCUUUACAGGCGUAUUCCGUUGGUCCUAAACUUUCCCGACUACUCUAGGGAAGAGCUGGGAAAGAUCUUGCAAUCCGUACUGAUCCAGAACCAAUAUCACGUCGAUGACGACUCAUCAAUUGAAGAGGCAAUCGGCCAGCUACAAGACCAACAGAUUGCCUGCAUGAAUGCAGGCAUAUGCCAACUAAUAUUUCAAAAGGCCAGAGACAGUCUGAUAAACAGAUUGGACCCUCAUGAUUUUAUGUCGGCCGACCUAAACAUUUUUCAAAAAAUGAUGUCAUAA